UAGACCGUUUCUCUGGAGCAGCUCGCGAGUGUUUCUGCGCCGUUUUUCCGCCUCUCGCGCACAUUUUUCUCCUCUCGAGGCUGAAUGAAUGUACACGCGGAAUGUAAAUACAGACCAGGACAGGGGCGACGUCUCUCUGUCUGUCUCUGUUUCUCUCUUUCUGUGGCUAAGUAAUUGGCGAAGGGAUUGUGAAGCCAUCGUUUUGGAGCUGUGGAAACAUAAAGGGAGGUCAGGCAUUUCUCAGGUCAAACAAACCUACUGGAUGCUGGAAAUCUCACGCGCCUCCGGAAGCUGAAGAUGAAGUUAUUAUGGAAACCGUUUUUGCUGCUAUCAGUCAUGGAGUGUCUUACAGAUUGUUUGGAUUAUAAAUCAUUCCAUGGGCCAAAAUGGCGGAUGGAGCCCAGUGAUUUAAUGGUGCCUGUUGGUUUACCGGAAGAAGAGGCCACACUCACCUGUGAUGCCAAAGGCUUCCCUGCUCCUCAGUACAGGUGGUCACUGAACGGCACACUGAUUGAUCUGAGGGCUGAUAAUCGGCGGCGUCUCUCUGGGGGGAAUCUGGUGAUUAGGAAUCUGGACCUUGCAGAGGACGCGGGAAUCUACCAGUGCACUGCUUUUAACUCACUAGGAGCCAUUCUCAGCAGGAGAGCGAGCCUUCAGUUUGCAUACUUGAAUUUUAAAACUCAAAUGAGAAGUGCUGUGUCAGUGCGGGAGGGCCAAGGAGUAGUUUUACUAUGUGGUACACCCAUAUAUGCAGGAGAGCUGCAUUUUGCCUGGGUGUUCAACGAGUACCCGUACUUUGUCCAGCAAGACAACAGACGUUUUGUCUCUCAAGAGACUGGGAACCUUUACAUCGCUAAAGUAGAGCCUUCGGACGUAGGGAACUACACAUGCGUGGUGGUAAAUCGCAUUACAAAGGUCAAAAUGCUGAGCUCUCCCACUCCGCUGGUCCUGAGGACAGAUGGUGUGAUGGGUGAAUAUGAGCCUAAAAUAGAAGUUCAUUUCCCUGACAUGGUUCCAGCUGCCAAGGGCUCCAUUGUGAUACUGGAAUGCUUUGCUUUGGGGAACCCAGUGCCUGAAAUAACAUGGAGAAGGGCUAAUGGAGUUCCCUUUCCCAACAAAGUGAAGAUGAAGAACUCUAAUGUCGUUCUGGAGAUUCCCAGUUUCCAACAAGAGGAUGCGGGUGGUUACGAGUGUGUGGCAGAGAACAAGAUGGGCAGGAACACUGUGAAAGGACGACUCUCCUUCCAUGCUAAGCCUCAGUGGGUGCAGACCAUGCACGACAGUGCCUUAUCCAUUGAUGAAAGUCUGUUUUGGGAAUGUAAAGCCAGUGGAAAACCCAAGCCCUCAUACAGCUGGCUAAAGAAUGGAGAACUACUUAACACAGAGGACAGGAUUCACAUAGAGAAUGGAGCUCUAACUGUAGUAUCAGUCAACCUAUCUGACGCUGGCAUGUAUCAGUGUGUAGCGGAAAACAAACAUGGAAUCAUUUAUUUCAGCGCUGAACUGGUGGUACUUGCUUCACCCCCGGAUUUCUCCAGAUCCCAAGUGCGAGCACUACUUAAAGCUAAAACUGGCAGCACUGUGACUAUGGAGUGUAGGCCCCAGGCUUAUCCCCCUCCCAUCACAUCCUGGAGGAAAGGCAGUGAACAGCUCCAGAGCACAGACAGGAUAAGUCUUCUCCCUGAUGGAACACUAAAAAUCAUAAAUGUGACAAAGACAGAUGUGGGCAGCUAUACAUGCCUGGCUAGAAACCAAUUUGGGAUGGCAAGCACCACCAGAAGACUAUUGGUCACAGAUCCGACACGGAUCACUCAGGGCCCAGUGGAUAUGGAGAUCAUAGUGGGUGAGAGUAUCGUGCUGCCAUGCCAAAUCGCGUGUGAUGCCUCUCUGGAUGUGUCCUUUUCCUGGGCCUUUAACGGCCAGCUCCUCAACAAACUCGACCCGCACUAUGAGCACGUUGGUGGGGGGGUGGCUGGAGAUCUAAUGAUACGCAAUAUUCAACUGAAGCAUGCUGGGAAGUAUGUCUGCGUCAUCGACACUGAUGUAGAAAGUUUGUCUGCCGCUGCCAUUUUGAUUGUAAAAGGUCCCCCUGGAGCUCCGGACAGUGUAACAGUAGAGGAGAUCACAGACAGCACAGCGCAGCUCUCCUGGAGGCCUGGCCAAGACAAUGGCAGUCCCAUCCUCAGCUACAUCAUCCAGACCAAAACGGCUUUCACUGUGGGAUGGCAGGCAGUGAACACAGUACCCGAGGUGAUAGAUGGGAACACUUUGACUGCUACAGUGGUGGACCUGAACGCGUGGGUGGAGUAUGAGUUCCGAGUCCUGGCUAGAAACAGCGUUGGCGUAGGGGAACCAAGCCCAGCCUCACUCAAGACCAGAACCGAGGAUGCAGUUCCUGAUACAGCACCAGCUAAUGUUGGCGGUGGGGGAGGCUCCAAGUCUGAAUUGGUAAUAACAUGGGAGCCUGUGCCUGAGGAGCUGCAGAAUGGAGAUGGUUUUGGUUACAUCAUUGCUUUGCGGCUGCUCGGUGAGCUAACAUGGACCCAUGUCGUGACGUCAGCACCCGGACGCUAUGUUUACCGCAAUGAGAGCAUUGCACCAUUUUCUCCUUUCACUGUGAAAGUGGGUGCAUACAACGUGAAAGGCCAGGGACCCUUCAGCCCUGUCACCACAGUGUUCUCAGCAGAGGAAGAGCCUAGCAGAAUGCCAGAGGGCGUGUGGGCUCGGAGUAUUUCUGACACUGAAUUUGAAGUGAGCUGGCAGACACUCUCUGACUCUCCUGAAAGAGUUUUGGGUUAUGAGGUCAUGUACUGGGAAGACGACACUAAGCCAGAGACAAUGGGGAAAGUGCGAGUGUCUGCAAAUCAGUGCACAGUGAACAUAAGUGGCCUGAAGGGGUACACUCAAUAUUUCCUCACAGUGAGCUCCUUCAACACAGCAGGAACUGGGCCACGCACACCUACCAUUAACAUCACCACCAAAAAGUCUCCACCAGGACAGCCGCCAGUGAAUGUGGAGUGGAAUCUGAUUGGCUCAAAGCUGACUGUCCACUGGGACCCUGUAGUCACCAUGGAGAUGGAGUCAGAGGUCACUGGGUAUAAGGUUUCUUACACAAGGAACAGACAUACUGAGAUCAACACAGUGACCACUAACGUUACUUCUGUGGAGCUCAUCCUCCCUGCCGACGAUAAUUACAUCAUUCAGAUUUGUGCUCUGAGCGACAGCGGAGAUGGCAUGCCCACUGAGCCCAUCAACAUUCACAAACUGAGUAUGAGUGUACGGGGUUCAAGAGCGUGGCAACCUACCGCCAUCCCCCUGUCCUUGCUUUUUAUCAUCGCAUUAACUGCCAUGAGGCCAACUUUGUGAAAAGGACUUUAGUAUUGCACAGACUUUGAGUUGAUCAUGUGUGCUCAUUCCUUAGAAAUCAUGAGAGCAGUGUAUUGAAAAAUUUUUUAAAACUCCCAACCCUUCCAUAUUUCACCUGAGGCAUCAUGUGCAUUUGAUGAACCCGACAAGGAAAUUCAAAGUUACAGGAUUUUGUGUGCAUGUUAUAGUCUCACGACAAAGUGUUUAAAUAGACUGAAUACAUUUAGGUUGUACUUUUUGUACCGUACACGGAUGUCAUGACUCAUAUGCACUAUUUGCCAGCUGGUCUCUGUGACCCUUGCGGAGAACAAAAUGCCUUACUUCCAUGUUACAUGCCAAAGUAGUUCAUGUCUUUUGUCAUGUCCUUCACUUCUUGUUGCUAAGCUACUGUUUGUCCAAACAUGCUUUUUAUUCCUUUUGAUAUGAAAAUGUAAUGUUAAUCAGUGUUUUUAUACAAUAUUGUUACAUAUCACUGGCACACCGCAGCUUCUGCGUACCCAUUUUACAGAAUAUGAUUUUUCACUGUGCCUUCUAUACAAUAGCUGCAUAUCUUUAAUUUAACUUUACAUCAUCAAGCCUUUACUAUUCAGUCUUUCAUUAUCUUUGAGGAUGUAGCAGUGUGUCUUAUGAUGCUAUUUUUUUGGGUUAGUGGAAGCAGUGGCUAUGUGUCAUGAGCUAUCUUACUGGGUUUUGUUAACAUGUACAAAUAUAGCACAGUGUAAUAUUGAGUUACAGAUUUACAAUGUAUUAUUAGCUUAUAAUGUCUCGUGUCUAUAGAUGCCAUUGGAGUAUUAAUAUAAGCUAAUAAUAUUGUUAUUCUCCCAAGCUGCAAUAGAUCAUAGCAACAGAAUUGUUAGGGACUUUUAGAGAGAAGAAUUUUCCUCUGGUUAGCUAACAGCCUGUAACUUUUUAUUCGUAUUACUGAAGAAACAGGGCCUCCUUUGGGGCAGAUGACUGAGUUGAACUGUGCAAAAGUUGGGUUAUUGUACGGUGUGUUGCAUAAGUUUUCACCCCUUAAACUAAACAAAUUAUUUGAAAUCCAAAAAAACAAAUCCAGGACAAAAUUCUGGAAAAUUUCCAAUCAGGGUUUGUUUAUUAUAUAUAUAUCCCAAACUUUGAAAAUCUCACGGAGGGCUUUGUUCAGAGAAGCAACCAAGAAGCCAAGAGUAAGUGUCAAUAGUAACUGUCAGCUGUCAAUGAUGUUACCACCACCAUGCUUCACUAUAGGGAUGGUGUUAUCAGGGUGAGGAGUAAUGUUGGGUUUCCUCCAAAUGUAGUGCUUUAUGCCAAGACCAAAAUGUUAUAUUUUGGUCUCAUUACACCACAGAAAUCAAACCUGCCUUUUGGAAAAUUUAAAACAGGAGUCCAUAUGGCUUGCCACUAGGGAUGUAACGAUGCAUUGUGACAAGACGCAUCAUGAUGCAAAAGUGUGACGAUGUGCAUUGUGGCAAAUCAGUAUCAGUGUUUGAUUUAUUUAAUUUUAUUCAGUCAAAAAUGCACAUAGUUUUGCUUUGUGUAUGAUUCAGAAAUAAAAUAGUCUUUUCAGUCAUAAAUUUUCUUCAUUAUAAUUUUGUUCAGAAUAUUCUGAGAAUCAAAUUGAAUCAAAUCUUGAAGACUGUAUCAUUAAUCGAUUUCAGUCGUGUCCGGAGUGUAUCAUUACACACCUACUUGUCACUUUUCAAUAAAACCCAGCUUUGUGAAAUGUUUGGGCAGUGGUUGUCCUGUGAACAACUUCUCCCAUCUGAUGUGUGCAUCUUUUCAGCUCCUUCAAAGUUACUAUUGGCCUUUUGCCUGCUUCUCUGAAUAAUGCCCUCUUUACACAGUCACUGACUUUUGAUGGAUAUCCACCUCUAGGCAGAGUCGCUCUUGUGUCAUGUUCUUUCCAUGUUUUAAUAAUGGAUUUAUUAGUGCUCAGCGGGACGUUCAAAGUUUGGGAUAUUUUCUUAUAAUCAAACCACUGACUUUGUCCUGAACUUGUUCAACUGCUUGCACCAGAGCUUAUAUAUUAUUUAGAUUUGACAUUUUUGGAUUCAUGACAUAAUUCCAAUUUAAUCAUUCCAGUUCCAGGGUGUAGCACUACUAUUUUACCUCCUUGGAGAGAUAAACAUCUGUCUUUGCCUGUGUACACAGUAACAGCUGCUACAUUUGUGUUUUCAAGACCAGAAUAGCAGGAGGUGUAAACCUGUAGAUAUAAUAAAGGUUUUGGCUAGUUUAGAUAUCCUGACUGACAUUUAUCUGGCUCAGUAGUUUAGACAUUCAGUCUAACAUUUUUCUGGUAAAACACAAAAAGCAAAUGACCUGGAAGCACAUGAAUCUUGUGUUUCAAUCUUCACAUCAAUAUUUCUUGUGUUAUGUAAUGAUAAAUGCAGUGUCUGAUCCAUGCAGUAAUUCAGGAAUGAUUAAAUCAUCCUAAAAUAUUGCUGUGCAGCCCACCGGGGUUUUGACUGAACAGGCGAUGGUGUAUAUUCUGGUUAUGAGAGCAGCAGAAGGAAGAUGGAUGUGAUGGAUGUGAGCUGAACAAUGCACCAAGCUAUAAUAGACCAGUCCAGACAGAGCUGAUGAAAGAUAUUUAGCUCUUUCCCCCUCCUUUUAUUUCAACCGCAGACAUUCCCAGUGUCCUCUUGAGAAGACAUUGGUCAUGUGAAGUGCAGCAUUUUGCGGAUGUCUUUGCCUUUAUCAUUGAUUUCGAUUUUAAAGUCAAAUGAAAAUCAGCACAAAAGUGAAUGCAAGUGAACAUUCCCUCUUCUUUGGCCUUCUUUGAGUAGAAGAAAGUGUUAUUCUUACAGAUUUGUUGUGCAGAUGUAAAUGCCACAUUGUGAUCUGUCAAGGCUGUCAGAAACCUUUGUCCUGGAUUCUGAUUAUGGCUGUUCACAUUAUAGGUGCAUGAUGCCAGUUAUGGUUUAGGGAUGACUUUUCCUUCUCUUUCUCAUUUUUUAGCCAGGUAUGUGUUGAAUUGUUUAUGUGAGAGAAAAUAUGAAAGUGUGUGGGUGUGUGUGUGUGUGUGUGUGUGUGUGUGUGUGUGUGUGUGUGUUUGCGUUGUGUUGUGUAGUUCAUAAUCAACAGCACACAUCAUAAUGGUUUAAAGAAUGACCUUGAGCCCUUUGUGUUAUUCAUUUCAGUUUUUGAAACCUGAUGGCUAUAUCAGACCUUUUUUGUUUCAUGGCCUCCUUUUUAGUCUUUGUAAUGGAAAAAGAAGCAAAGAAGUUUUCGAAUUUUAAGUGACGCAAAAUAUGGCUAUAUUCAUUAUAUACCAUAUUCCAUGUUCAUUAAAACAUUCAGGAAAGAAUGCGACAACUUGAAAUAUGCUUUUUGUUUGCUUUUUAAAAAGAUAUUAGCAUGUGUGCUUUUGUCUGUUGUAGGCGCACAUUUUGUCAAGCGUGUAAACAUUUGACCAACUGUUUUGAUACGGCUGUAUAACUGGAAUGUCUUUAAUCUCUGCGAGAUGACAUGUUUGAUCAGGACAAUAUUUUCAUAUUGAAAAGCGAUUCCCACAUCCUGUACAGUAGCCGUGCAUGUUUCCAAUUGUUUUAUGUGUGUAUGUAGCUUUUGGGUUUUUUUUUUAAACAACUGUAAUAAAAACUAUUUGCUGGA